AGAAAGAGAUUAGCAUUCAGUAUAGUCCCCAUUCCGAGGGGUACAAAAUAUCGGUGCUCGAUUCGUUCAACCAGCGGCCGAGGGUUGCUUUCCCCCCCGAAUCGACGGACUAUCCCAUGAAUUUAUGUUCUUUGAGGAAGGACAUGUGUUCGACGACUGGAGAUUGACUUGCCAUGAUGAUGGCUACAAGUACAGUAUCGGUCUCCGUGACGGCCGGGUCCUCUCUGGGAAGCGAGGGGUAACCACUUGGGAUCUCCGAAAAGUCGCAGAAAUCACGGAUCUACAGAAGUGGACGUUUGAGAAGAUCAGAGGCCCGCCGAAGCCGAUCAAUGUGGCUUCGCCCAUCAACACUUCUAAAACUGACCAAUACACCCACAGAUCAACUCCUGCAUCGUCCAUCACCAGUGCAUGGACGAGACAUGACCCUCAAGAUGAGAGUGACAUAAAGCCUCCUGAUCUGAAACGGCGUCAAGCCCAACUUCAUUUGGAGAGGCAACACGGUGCGGAAGCGUUCGAGUUACUUCAGCGCGAGUACGUACGAGCGAUUUCUGACUCUAUUCUCAAUAACGGACACCAGCUUGGGUUCGCCAACAAGCUUCGGGAUGGAGCCGGUGCCAUGGUCCGGCCAAGCUCUGAUUGGGAGGUUCGAUUCAAAAAUCAUCUCAUUUUAUUAAUGCACUCAAUCGAGUUUUUCCAUGCGCAUCAUCACCCACCCGAUGACGUUGUUUCUUCCCCUUCUUCUUCUGUCACUCCCAGUGCUGGACAAUCGAGCCAAUCAUAAAGACCGAAAAUUGUCUUAACCUCAGCCGAAGAUUACUUGCUAUGGCCAUCACAGCGAUGAGCUUCAAACCAGAAUCUAGCUCAGAAUCGAAACGUCAGCGAGUCUUCCGCUUGUUAUGGAAUGAUCAUGGAUCCCGAUACGUCCUCGGGUAUGAGUCACCGACUCGA